AUGACCAAUAAGUACAGACCAAGUCACGAUAUCCCUAAUCAUCAACUAUUUCUCUUCAGUAAUACCUCUCUCUACAAUAAUGCACUUCUGUCAAUCUUCUACUACAAAGGUAUGUCGCUCAUUUCCAACAUUCAUCUCUUCCGGACCUUCCGUUUUCUGAUAACCUGGUACUUCUCUCAUAGUUUCUUCAUCCUCCAUUUUGCCCCACACAUACUUCGCAUCUUCUACUUGUUCUGA